AUGCUCGUGCUGCGGUACCUGGCGUCAUUCUAUCACUACGUCAACUACGAAGUCAGCGAUCCCCGGGUCAAUGGCUGGUUCCUGAUGGGCACUCCGUGGCCCGGUGCCACCAUACUCGGGCUCUACCUGAUGUUCGUCCUCAAGUGGGGACCGAAGUGGAUGGAGAACAAGAAACCGUUCCGCAUCGACCGCAUCAUCAAGUACUACAACCUGGCCCAGGUCGUCAUCUGUACGUUCCUCUUCGUCGAGGGUUUCCGACUGGGCUAUCUGCGUGGCUACAGCUUCCUGUGUCAGCCCGUGGACUACUCACCGACGGAGGUGCCGACCAUGAUAGCGCGCCGCUGUUACUACUACUUCCUGGUGAAGGUGCUCGAUCUGCUCGACACGAUUUUCUUCGUGCUGCGGAAGAAACAGAACCAGGUAAGCUUCCUCCACGUGUACCACCACACCGGCAUGGUGAUGCUGAUAUGGAGCGGAGUGAAGUGGUUCCCCGGCGGCCACGGCGUGUUCAUGGGCUUCAUCAACAGCUUCGUGCACGUGGUCAUGUACUUCUACUAUUUCCUCACCUCCGUCAGCCCGAAGUACAAGGGUAAUCUCUGGUGGAAGAAGUACAUCACCCAGCUCCAGAUCAUCCAGUUCGGCAUGAUCUUUCUGCAGUGGUUCGUGCUGCUGUUCCAACCGAACUGCACCUUUCCGAAGUGGCCACUGUUCGUCAUUCUGCCGCAGAACCUGUUCAUGUUUUGUCUCUUCCUCGACUUCUACUACCAAGCGUACAUGAAGAAGAGGCCGGCAUCGAAGCCACGAGCGGCGAAGGCCACCGAGAGCGGCACCCAAAAUGGCGUUCAACCGCCGGAGUCCUGUGGCAGGCCGCUCGAGAAGGCCACCACCGACAGUGGCAGUGGCCAGUGCAUAGAGCGCGGCAAAACGAAAGUGGUCACCUCCUAAGGGACCCUGUAGUUGUGUUAUUUUUCUGUGAAAAUUAGUCAAUAAACUUUUGCGAACAAAUCCA